AUGUCUUUAUUAUCCUCACUGUCAUCAUCAUUAUCAUCAGCAGAGGCGACAUCUGUACCAUCAAAACUAUCACCAUCCACAUCAUCGCAGUUUUCUUCUUCGCAAUCAUCCAAAUGUAAACUCUCAGAAUUUUAUAAAGUACCACUGCAAGGUGAUCGCAUAAAUAAAACAGCAUUCAAACGACGUGAACACAAGCGAACAAUUGCUAAAUUACGUCGUAUGUUACCGCAUGAACAAAAUGUAAUACAAUGCUCAGAGUUGGAGCUUAUCAAUCACAUCAUUGAUUAUAUCAUUUCUCUCCAGGAGAUGUUACGAUCUCAAGAAAAUAUACCUGACGAGAAUCAUUCGUCAACUAUCGAUAUUGCUAGUCUGAAUAGAGCACUAUCACGGUUUCAUUUAUAUACCAAUAAACGACAACCUUUGAGGCCCAGCAAGCAAUUACGCAUUUAG